UCCCAGGGUUUAUCCCCUCAUCUCUGAUCUCCCUUCAUCCCUCCAAUCCUCAUCUGUUCCUCACAGGACGACAAGAGAGAGUGACUUACAAAGGGGAGCAUCACACCGGCUGUGUUGUGUCCCAUAGCAAAAGUGAAUGGAAAGUCUCAUGACAACAUUCAGAGGACCACGGGUGCACGAGUGUGAUUAAAAGUCUUUCGGAACAUCCUGACCGGAAGCUGUCAGUUUUUUUCCAGCCAUCCCAUCCCUGUUUCUGGUGGUGACAGUGCCUAAACGAGCAUCGCUAUGGGUGAAAUGGAGCAACUGCGGAAGGAGGCGGACAACCUCAAAGACCAGAUCACUGCGGCACGCAAGGCGAUGCAGGACACCACCCUGCAGGAGGCCUCGGCCAGCAUCAACGUGGUGGGCCGGGUCCAGAUGAAGACCAGGAAAACACUGAGGGGUCAUCUUGCCAAGAUCUAUGCAAUGCACUGGUCCACUGACUCCAAGCUGUGCGUCAGCGCGUCACAAGAUGGAAAACUGAUUGUGUGGGACAGCAUCACGACCAACAAGGUGAAUGCCAUCCCUCUCAAGUCAUCAUGGGUGAUGACUUGCGCCUACGCACCUUCAGGCAAUCUUGUGGCAUGCGGAGGUCUCGACAACAUGUGCUCCAUCUACAAUCUCAAGGGCAAGGACGGCAACGUAAAGGUCAUGCGGGAGCUGGCUGCACACACAGGUUACCUCUCCUGCUGUCGUUUCCUCAGCGACACAGAGAUCAUCACUAGCUCUGGAGACUGCACCUGUGUGCUAUGGGACAUUGAGACCGGGACCCAAAAGACCAUUUUCUCAGGCCACCAAGGAGACUGCAUGUCUCUGGCCGUGUCCCCGGACUUCAAGUUCUUUAUCUCAGGAGCAUGUGACUACACGGCCAAGCUGUGGGACAUCAGGGAGGGCACCUGCAGACAAACCUUUGGAGGCCACGAGAGCGACAUCAAUUCUAUCGGGUUCUUCCCCAACGGCAACGCAGUCAUCACAGGCUCAGACGACGCCUCCUGUAAGCUGUACGACCUGAGGGCUGACCAGGAGCUCCUCACCUACCAGGACUCCAGCAUCAUGUGCGGUGUCACCUCACUGGCGCCAUCCCUGUCCGGACGCCUCAUUCUGGCCGGUUACGAUGACUUCAACGUCAACAUUUGGGACUCUCUGAAGGCAGAGAGAGUGGGGGUGCUGGCUGGUCACGACAACAGAGUGAGCUGCAUCGGAGUGUCUGCAGACGGCAUGGCGUGCUGCACAGGGUCCUGGGAUAGCUUCCUCAAGAUCUGGAACUGAGGCCAUCACCUGCUUAUGGGUUGAAAUCUGGAUAUCCAGAGGAUGUUUUUUUGGGUGAAGGAGACACAAUGGGCGGUAUUUAAUUGUGCCAAGUGCUAUCUGAAGUAGGGUUGUAAUGUGAAUGGCGAGAUAAUUUUACAAUGUCAAUCAAUAAUUUAGUGGAUUUUAGCACAAUUGCUGCUGCAGUUGAGUGGUCACACACACAAAAAAAAUAAGACAGAGGACACUGCAAAAAGUAACUACACUGGUAUGCUGUGUUUAAUGUCAAGUAAAGCAAAAUGAAGACAGUUUUUGUUCCCCCCACCUCUUUAGAUGCUUACUUCCUUUUCUAUGUAGAUGUUUGAGUUUAUUUUGAAUGUGAUUGAUGGAUUUGGUGAAGAUUAGGGGUUCUUGUUGUGACAACCCCCCUUGCAGCACAGACAGUACAUGUGACAGAUGGGACAAUAAAAAAUGGUUUCACUAAGCACUUACAAUAAGCCAUGACCUAGUUGUCUUAUUAAAAGGAUGCUAACAGCUAUUGUAAAUACUAGCUACCCUUCUCCUCAGUGCCACCUGCCAGACAAGGGGAGUAACAUGUUCAUAUUAGUAUACCACUUUUACAAAACACUGCACCAUGUUUAGAUUGUUUUCUUAAAAAGAACUGUCAAAUAAAAGAUGGGAUUCUACUCGUGGGCUUUUCUUUUAGUUAACAAACACGUUUAUUUAUAUUUACAGAAGGACAAAACAAGGUAAAGAAAGUUGCAUUGCAAUUUGACAGUAAAAGCAAACAGGGAAAAAAAGUCAGUUCCUUAGAAACUACAUAUAAAAAUUUUGAGAUUUAAAAAAAAAAAAAAAAUGGAGGGAUCUUACAAAGCUGUACAAAUAAUGUGGGUAUCAUCGAUUCUCUUUGUCCAGAGACACGGCUAGAACUCUGCGGUCAAUCUGUGCGGGCCGCAGCUUCUCUGGAGUGGACGAAACCUUCAGCUUCAUCUGAAAUAAUAUUAAAAUAUUACUUUUUAACUUCAAAUCAUUGAUGCUACUGAGAUGGAUAAACACUUGGGAACCAAACGGAUACAGGCACUGACUCUAUUUAAAUAUACUGAGAAACUAUAACUAAAAUAUACUAAAAAACAAUUUCUUUCCUUAAGCCAUCAUCUCCCUCAACAAGACCAUGUAACCAAGGCAACCAGUCAUUCUCUACAAUGUAGACCCUUUGUUAUUCUAUUAUUAUUUAUUCUUCUAAUUUCUAUAUUUUGUACUGUCAUACUGUCUUGCACUGAAAAUGGAGCUGCUGCAAUUUCAAUCUAUCAUAUGUAAAAUGACAAUAAAGGGCAUUCUGAUUCUGAUGUAGAUUUAUAUAUUUUGUACAUCAUACCCAAAAAAUAUACACAUUUAUAGCUAAUGGAAGACACAGUAGAGUAUAUGUAAUACAGAUAACCAGUUU